CCCACCGGAAUGCAAGAGGGGAACUAUCAAAAAGUCAGGCCACCCCAAAAACAUAGUGAGAUAAUUAGAAACAAACAUCUCUUUGCUUAAUAGUUAAUACCUUCUCCUAAUCUCUUCAUCACAAUUUUCAUUUUGAACUCGGGAAAGUUUUCAGUCUAUCUAUUUUUAUUUUUGUUAAGAAACAGAACAUAUCCUGUUCUCUGGUUUUGGAAUUGAGACAGGUUGUUCUCUUUGUUUGCAAUUUUUUCACUUCUUUCUUUCUCAUUAUCUAGUUAAGCAUGGCAACAGUUAUGGACAUGUACAAUACUAGUAGCAUCAUGAUACCAGAUUUCUUAGACCAGUGUAGUGAUCAAGAGCUGAUGAAAGCACUUGAGCCUUUUAUGAAAAGUGAUUCUUCUAGCAUUACAUACCCUUCAUUCUCUUCCUUUUCUUCUUCUCCCAAUUUCUCUUCAACAACAAGCUACGAGCAAAAGGUUUCAAUAACUCCAAACCAUGCUAGUUCCAUCAAACUGAACCAACUCACCCCAUCACAGAUGUUUCAAAUUCAAGCCCGAAUCCAGGUUCCACGAGGCCAGUUUCUGAGCCCAAAGCCCAUUCCCAUGAAGCACGUGCGGGCUUCUCCUUCUUCAAAGCCCACGAAGCUUUACCGUGGGGUGAGGCAGAGACACUGGGGCAAGUGGGUCGCUGAGAUCAGACUCCCCAAGAACCGAACACGUCUCUGGCUAGGUACAUUUGACACCGCAGAGGAAGCAGCGUUGGCUUACGACAACGCAGCGUUUAAGCUAAGAGGAGAAAACGCGAGGCUCAACUUCCCUCACCUGCGUCACCAUGGAGCACGCGCGUACGGUGAGUUUGGGAACUACAAGCCUCUCCCCUCUGCGGUCGAUGCGAAGCUUCAAGCCAUUUGUCAAAGCUUGGGGACCAAUUCGCAGAAACUCAAAACUCAAAACCCUAUUGUUCUAGAUACACACAAGGCAGAGACAGAGACAUCGGAGUUUCAGGAUUUUAAUAAGGUUGAGAAUUACCAAACAUCAUCGUCCUCGGCCUUCUCCGAUGAAUAUUCUUCUUCUUCUUCACCUGAAUCCGAUAUUACCCUCUUGGAUUUCUCGGAUUCUUGUGAAACAAUGGACAAUCUUGGGUUGGACUUGGAGAAGUACCCUUCCGUGGAGAUUGAUUGGGCAGCUUUAUCUGACUCAUGAAUAAUCAGUGGUUAACGGGUUUAGUUUAGAUUUGGUGUGUUUUAGGUUGCUUUUGUUUGUUUUUUUCUUGUUAAUCAGUGUUUUAGAUAUUGGUUAAGAAAUUAAAGAAGAAAAUACUUAAUGUUUUCUCUUUUUAAUUUCUUAAUCAAUGUUUUAAGGAUAUGAUUAACAUUUGUCUUGGUUUUUUAAUGUGUCUUAGGCGGCAGCUGCAACCAAAUUUUUUACCGUUGCAGCAGUUGUUUUGCCGAGUCAGGUUACAAACUUUAGUGUACUGCUGUAGAUAGGUGAGUCACAGUGGUUGGUUAUUAUAUUAUGAUGGUGUUUUUAUUCCUGCGUGACCAAGGUAGCUUCAACUCUUUUUUUUUUUUUUUUAAUGGAACCAAGGUAGCUUCAACUUGUGUCUCGGCUACGUAGUUCGAAUGUAA